AUGAAGAACAACUGUGACUCAUGGAAAGAAAUCAAAAUAUCAAUGACAUCAGGAGUUAGGAAGAACUUGACUCUAACCUUCAUGGACGAUUUAAAAGGGAUUCGAGAUUUCAUUGGAGAAGUAACUCCAGACAUGGCAGAAAUGGUACAAGUGGAAAUUGAAGAGAAGCCCAAAGAAGUGAACUUGUGCAAUCACAUGAUUAAAAAAAAUUUAAUGGAUAAGGAAUUAGUUCUUGUGGUUGCAGAAAUGGACCCUUCUGGAAAAUUUGUCAUAUAUCCAGGUUACGUGGGUGAAGAGCUUACCAAAAAAGCUCAACUUCCAAAACAUGGAAAAACGACAGAAAGCAGAGAAGCGCUGAAGAAGGAAGUAUUUAAACCGUCUGAUGAAUCUGUAGCAAUACACAGUAAAGAGUCAAAAAGACAAGCAAAACUCACUGAAUCAGAGAAAGACAAGACCAGAAAGAGUGAUGCUGAAAUAGCAAAACCAGAAGCAAAAACACAGGAAAUCCAGGUAAAGAAAAGUCAGGAAAGAGUACCACUAGGCAAGCAACCCCAAAUAAAAGGUGAAACACAAGUACCAGAAAAACCUAAAGCCCAAGGAACUAAAAGUGAUCUAACAGUACCCAAGAAACAGGGAUCUCAGAUUAAAAAAAGUGAACAGGUUCCCAAAAAACAGGGAUCUCCGAUAAAAAAAAGUGAACAGGAAGUACCAAAAGCCCAGGAAUCUCAAGUAAAGAGUGAGCCAGCAGUAGCAAAAGAACCCAAGGCCCAAGAAAAGGAAACUGAGGGAGAAACAGAGGCUCAAGAAAAGCAAACUGCAGAAGAACCAAAAGAAGAGAAAGUCCAAGGAAAGAAAAGUAAAGAAGCGAUACCAAAAGAAAUAGCCCCACAAAAGAAAGGUGAGGCCGGAACACCAAAAGAAAAGAAGGCCCAAGAAAAGGCAGAUAAAGGAGGACCUGCGGAUCAAGGAAAGGAGGACAAAGAAGAGACAGAUGCAAAAACACCUCAAGGUAAAAAAGAAAAAGAUGCCAAACCCAAGAAAGAAGACGAAGGGAAAGACAAAGAAAAGAAAGAACCAGCCGACAAGGGGAAGAAAGCUCCAGCAAAAGGCAAAGGCAAGUAAAAGGAGGAAGUACAACAAAAGGUGGAAGCCUAGAGGAAACAAAAGCCCAUAAACAGCUGAUCAGUAGGGCCCUGUCCUCCCGAGCGGGCCAUGUCCCUGCCACUGCUUAAUUACAAAAUCAAUCUAAAUGAGCAAAUUUGCAGUUUCAGCUCUUUAGGCCUCUCAGCCAUAAACUUCACCUUUUAAAUAUCUGCUUUAUUAGCCCCUGUAU